AUGUCAAGCCUCGUGUUUGACAUUCUGCUGACAGUGGAGAAGGACGAGAAAGAGAAGGUGGAGAAGGACGAGAAGGCGGAAAAGGAGAAGGUGGAGAAGGUAGAGAAGGAGGUGGUGGAGAAGGUAGAGAAGGAGAAGGUGGAGAAGGUAGAUAAGGAGGAGAAGGAGGAGAAGGUGGAGAAGGUGGAGGAGGAGAAGGUGGAGAAGGUAGAGAAGGUGGAGAAGGUAGAGAAGGAGGAGAAGGAGGAGAAGGUGGAGGAUGAGGAGAAGGUGGAGAAGGUAGAGAAGGAGGAGAAGGUGGAGGAGGAGGAGAAGGUGGAGAAGGUGGAGGAGGAGGAGAAGGAGGAGAAGGUGGAGAAGGUGGAGAAGGAGGAGAAGGAGGAGAAGGUGGAGAAGGUGGAGGAGGAGGAGAAGGAGGAGAAGGUGGAGAAGCAGAGGGCCAUCUGGUGUCUGCUGCCGUGUCGGAGUGUGCUCAGGCUAAUUGAGUGA